UGGUUCACGUUUGGUUUUACAAGUCUGAAAAAGUGAAGGAAGCACAUAAUCUCCAGUUUCUGUUAUCCCUUCUCAUUCACUCACCAAUACCAUCUCCCUUCUCUUUCCUAAAUUCUUGAGUUUGAUAUUUCUUCGAUCAAUUUAGGGGUUUUUCAUUUCUCUGGACCAAUCAGUAGCAAUGGUUUCUGAUUCAAUCCCUAACGCUUCCAUCCCUGUCGCUUCCUCUAAUCCCAAAGAUUUCGCCAAGAAAAAAAGGGCUAACCGGUCGGCCAAGUUGAAGCAGUGCAAGCUUGAUGCUCGACGCGAGCAAUGGCUUUCACAAGUGAAGAACAAAGGGUCGAAGGAUGAAAUGAAUGUUGGAGGGAAUCAGGCUCCGGCAACUAAUGUUGCAAACGAGAGGGGCCGGUUGAUAGAGAAGUUAGAGAUAAAGCCGAGAGCGGAGGAAGACAAUGAAGUAAAUAUUGAUUCCUCAAACCACUACAGCGAUUCGGAUUCGAAUUCUAACAGUCCCAUAAGCCAUACUAGUAGUAUUAUGGAAGGGAAUGAUUCUGCGGCCAAUUUUGCAGGGAGCAGCAGCAGUAGUAUUAGCAGUUGCAGUGGAACUGGUGGGUGUUGUUCAGGAAGUUUGAGUGAAGAAGAUGAACAGGGGGAUGAUGAUGACUGCUUGGACGAUUGGGAGGCUGUUGCAGAUGCUUUGGCUGCCACUGAUCAGAAGCUGGAGCAGCAUCAUCCUGGUUUGGAUUCGCCUCGAGAGAAGGGUGAGAAUGUGCAUUUGAGUUCUCAGACCAAUGUUUCUAAUGGGGUUACAGGUAUUGAUACAACAAAGCAGAAGUCUGAACACAGAGGUUUGGCAUCUAGACCUCCAGUUAGUUGCAAGGCGUGGAGGCCCGACGAUGCAUUCCGUCCACAGAUUCUGCCAAACUUGUCUAAGCAGUAUAGUUUCCCUAUGAAUUCUGAGCGGCAUUGCCAUGGAGGUGCUUUAUGGGGUUGUAAAAGGUUAUCGGUACCCACAUCAUGUCCUAUAUGCUGUGAGGAUUUGGAUCUUACAGACACGAGUUUUCACCCUUGUACAUGUGGGUUCAUACUUUGCCUUUUUUGCCACAAGAGGAUUCUUGAGGAGGAUGGUCGUUGUCCAGGUUGCAGGAAGCAGUACAACCACGGUUCAGUUGAGAGUGAGGCUACCGUAGAUGGAGGCAGCAUGAAGUUUCGAUUGGCUCGAUCUUGUAGCAUGAUCUCAAGGUCCUAGGAAGAUUCUGUUUCCCCUAGUUGCGUAUGCUGGUCCCUUCUCUUUCUCUGCAUGGUUUGCGUGCGUUCUCACUCUUGUUAGACUCUACUAGGCUUAGAUUUUUCAUAGCAUUAGAUGUUCAUAUAGUUUCGUAUUGUGUGAGAGCACAGCGAAGUUCUUAUGAUUCUUUCUAAGAUUUUGCUCAUAAUAGAUAUGAUUCUUGUGAUGAUGCAGAAGACACAUUGCGAAUAUAUAAGGUGGUAUAUAGUUAAAUACCUUGAAUUUGUCUCUCUGAACGAGUUGUCACCUUCCUAUCAUAUUACUAUGAAUAAAUAAUGAGAAAACAACCAGGAGAUUUCUAAAGCUUUACCUGAUUUAACUCCUCCAUUUGAGUAUAUUUGCAGCUUUUCUUUUCCAUUACCGCUUGACUCUAUCAUCUUGCUUUUCACUGCAUAUUGGGCCUGUAGAUUGUGAGAUAUAUCCUUAAUAUGUUGCCUUUGAUGUGUCAUAUAUAUUCUGGUGCUCUGGUUUAGGUGUUAAGACUUUCUGACAGUUCUAUGUUUUUGCUAAUUCUGAUCGCGCUUUUCUGGAAAGGCUUGAGGAAAAAGAGUAUAACUAAUUAGAAAUCAUUUGAAAGGAUCCCUUAAUAUUUAAUUUAGGUUAGACUUCUCGAACUUUCUUGGGCUGGUUAGGUUCCCUAUUGGAGCCUCAAACGAAUUUGUCUAAUUUCCUAUCAUGUUUGGUUUGUCCUGUGAAUACACUGCUAUAGUGCUAUAGCCUGCUUCUGCUGGAGGAAUCUUCUGAAGGUUUGUUGGAAAUAGUGAAUAUUUCAAAAAUGCAUUUAUUAUUUUGCAACAUAUAAAUAUGCACAUCUCUUUUCUAGUUUUAGAAAUUUCACUCUACUCCUAGAUAGUAGUGAGACGUCCUCAUAUUUAUCUAUAUCCAAUCUUCAAUUUCAGUGAAUAUUUCACCUAAUGUGCAACCUAAAGAUAGGAUAACUAACAGACAUGGUUUUGCAUUUUUUUUUUCUCAUUUUGAUUAUGCAUAUGCAAAGGGAAGAUGGAAAAGGACAUAGAAUUUUAGUAAAAAACUAGGCUUUUGACACACAAGCUAAAUAUGUACUCCUCCGUCCCAUUCUAUGUGAUGCAUUUUGACUGUACACGAAAUUUAAGAAAGAAUUUUUUUUCUUGAAACUUGUGGUCUAAAACAAGUUAUAGAUAAUUGUGUGGCUAUAAAUCAACUCAUGAAGGGUAAAACAGGAAUUAAAGUUAAAUUGUUUCUAAAUAUUGAAAUGUAUCUUUCUUUUUGGGACAGCCUAAAAACGGAAAUUGCAUCACAUAAAUUGGGACACAGGGAGUAUGACAUACCCAUUAGUAUCCAUAGUAUCUACUAGGGUCAACAUAUCACGUAAACUCCUUUAAGAGCUUGUGAUUAAGUGCAAAAUGCAAAUAUUGUCUUUUUACUGAUUUAAAAAAAAUGCAUAAUGGGAAUGGUUAACUUUAAAAAGCUUCCAUUAUACGUAAGUGUCUUAAAUCAUUUUGGAAGUGAUCAAGAUGGAAAGAAUUAGACAGAAAAUGAAUGGAGAUAGUUGAAGGAACGUAGUUUGUCUUAUGACAUGUUCAACUACAGUUGUCUGCAGUUUUGUUAUGAGGAUGACUAGUACUAGUAGCCAACUGUUUUGUUUUCUGUCCAUUGUUGUGUGGCAUUUUGUAGUUCUUGUCCCCUGUCUUAAUCUUUCUCAAUGCAUCGAGCAAUACUUUUUUCCUUGAUCUCAAUCUUUUAAAGCGCAUCAGGAAGCUGUAGUUUUCAUUGUUAAUGUCGGAUGAACUUGUUCAACCUGAGGCUGAAGUCUCACCAUAUUAUGGCGUUUGGCCGCGAUGCAGUUAACUCACAAUGUAUUGUGUUCUUUUCAUUAGCUCUUCAGAAGACUUGCUAAUCAGUGUAAUGUAUUGGGAUUUUUAUUCCCGGGCUCAAUGUAUCAUUCAACAAUGUGCACCCUUUUAGGGGAUUAUCUAUUGGAUAAGAACCUUAUGGAAAAUGUGGUAGCGAUGCCAAGCUGGAGGGAAUAUAACUGGUGUUCAUUUCAAAUUUUGAUAGUUGUUGCUAAAAGUGGGAUCUUUCUUUGGGAUAGUGUUACAGAGGAAGCAUCUAGAAAAUGUCUAUACCUUGGCUUUCUACCUCCACCCAAAAGCCAGUUAAUAUUGAACCAGUUCUUAAAUUGGGUAAUAUGAAAGCUGCUGUAGUCUCUUUCUAAGAGAUAAAAUAUUGCUGGGAUUCCAUGCCUUAUACAGAAAAUAUAACGUUGCUGAGAUUUUAUGCUUUGCAUGAUGUUGUUCUCUACAGCAGCAAAAGUGCCACUUCUGUUCGAGAUUUUAUUGCUUAUGUAGGAUGGGAAAUGUUCCAGUUAAUGGCAUCUCUUAUGCUGCUAUUCUCUGCGUUGGGUGGUUUAAGACUGGUCCAGGUUUGCUCAGAUAGACAAACAAAAUAGAGAUCAUUUUACAUUUCCCAGAUAUUAGUUAUCAACAUAGUAAAGUUUGAAAUUCUGAUUGUAUGAUAUAACAUCAAAAUGUUCUCAGAGUUUCUUGGAGAUGUAAAUUAUGUGAAUGGUGUGAUGAAUCCUGGAUCCUUUCUCUGCUAA